AUGGCUCCUGCUGCAGAGCACAUCAACGAGCUGAGCAGCCGAUAUGGAUGCAACUAUGGCUAUGACGGAUACGGAAACUGUAGAAAUUACAGCGGAUGGUCAUAUUGGGGUCGUUGGGUCUUUACCGCCGUCCUCGUUGUCGUGAUCCUCGCCGUCUUCUUCCUCUUGGCCUGCAUCAAAGCUCGUCGCCGCCGUCGCGGAGGCGCUCAGCCCAUGUACGGUACUGGAUGGAUGGCCGGCAAUCAAGGCAACCAGCAGUACAACAAUCCGCAAGGCUAUAACCAGGCACCUCCGCCAGCUUACGGAGCUCCGCAGGGCCAGGCUUACCCGAUGAACAAUCAGUACCAGACCACUGACGGAUACUACGGUCAGCAAAGCGGCGUGCAGCAGCCCAAGGACGUCCAUAACAACCCGACCACGGCGAACAACGAUUACGCACCUCCCGCUGGCCCGCCCCCGGGCAAAUAG